ACGUUUCUCUCAUGAGACUGGGCAGCCCUAUCAUCACCUUUCAAUGCGUUGGUGAUCACCUAACGGACCCCAUGUGUUACUCAUGGGGACCACACAGACCAUUCCAAUGGGUCAGAUGUGUCUUGAUAACGCCGAUUCAAUGCAUUGAUUACAGUCCGAUCGGGUGCAACAGUUGCCAUUUUCUAUUCCAUAACCAGCAACUGUUCAAAACCUGACAAGAAUGCAUCUAAAGGAACAGCUUGGAAUUCUGGUGAUUAUUUUAGAAAUGUGUAAAGGCACUGGUUGGUGUUCUGGAGUACAUAUUGGUGCUCUUGAAGGAGAAAUUGCCAUUUUAACUUGCAACAAAUGCAAAGAGAACGCAAGUUGGAGUGAGCUACAGAAUUCUGGUUAUACAGUUGAAUGGAGUGUAAAUACAAGUAGUGGGUUUUUGAAACUCACACAAACAGAGAAGGUGUUCUUUGAAUUAAAUUCACUCGGAUUGCUGGGAGUUACAUUAAACAACACUGGAGUGUAUAAGUGCACUCUAAGAAACGAAACACAUAUUGUUGAAUCCGAACAACUUGAGUUGGAAGUGUACAAAGGAAAGUGUUACAACAGCAAUUAUGAAUACUUACGUUCCAGUUUUGUUGACCAGUCCACUAAUCUCAUCUGUCCAGAGAUGGAACUGUUCUCCAGUACUAAGCAUCGUGUAACAUGGGUGAAGGACUGCGAUAAAAUAAUUACGUCAGAAAAUAAAAUGCAUAUUGACAGAACAACAAAAAUACACUCUGGGCAUUACACCUGCAUAUAUUCUGUUGAAUAUGAUGGAAAAGAAUACAAUAUAUCAAAAACAAUAAACCUGGUUGUAAAAGAUUCUCCUGAAAGUUUGGACCCUAAGAUGACAUUUCCUAUUGGAACGGUUGCAGUUGAAGUAGAAAUAGGUAAAGAAACAACAAUCAACUGCACAGCAAUUCUGUAUAAAGAUGACCCAUUUGUAACUCUGUAUUGGAAAAAGAACGAUUCCUUUGUUUCUAUGUGUGAGGACAACCACCAUGUAUGCUCAGAAGAUGGAACUGGAGAACAUACAGAAAAGGAACCUCAGAACUCAUAUCAGAUAAUGUCACCAUUAAUAUUUAAAAAUGUUCAAGAAGAACACCUCAAUAUGAAAUAUGACUGCAUACUAAGUAGCACUACGAAGAGUGGAACUGGAUCAAUCAUCUUAAUAAAAAAAAAAGUUAUUACAGACAUCAGUCACAGCUCCUUCUCUUCUGGAAUUAUAAUGGUAGUUGUUCUUAUGAUUACCAUCGUCACAGUCAUUGUUAUCUGUGUAUUGCUAAAAGUAGAUAUCGUCCUUUUCUACAGAGCCUUCACAGGCAAAGAUGAGACUAUUGGAGAUUUCAAGGAAUAUGAUGCUUACGUAACUUACGAUAAGGCUGGUAGUACUUCGUCCUGUGCUGAAGAGGAAAGGACUUUUGCGCUUGAGGUGCUGCCUCAAGUUCUCGAGGAACAGCUUGGUUACCAGCUGUGCAUUUAUGAGCGAGAUGUCCUUCCGGGGGGAGCUUUUGUUGAUGGUGUAUUGGAAUACAUUGAAAAAAGCAGAAGAUUAAUAAUGAUUCUGAGUGAGAAAAAUAUGGAUAGUGAAAGGCAAUAUGAAUUAGUAACUGGUCUACAUAAUGCAUUGGUUGAUAGAAAAAUAAAAAUCAUAUUAAUUGAGUAUAAGCCUUUAAAGGACCUAGGCUCUUUACCGGAGUCACUCCAACUACUUGUAAAGUCCAAUGGGACGGUAAAAUGGAAGGACAGUGAGUCCAUGAAAGUCAAUUCACGAUUCUGGAAGAAAGUGCAGUACCUGAUGCCAGCAAAAAAACAUGUUUCAUCUGAUCCAGAAGAAGUGAAAAUGCUCUAAAAUGUAACCACUAUGGCACAUCACUUAAAGUCUUCAAUAAUGUACCUUCCAGCCCUGAGACAUGUCUUGUGUGAAUGCUUUCUGAGCCAUACAUUAUUCUAUUUACAGUAUAAUAUAUUCAAAGGUUUCUUUUUUUCUUUCUUUUUUUUUUUGGGGGGGGGGGUGUUUAUAAAACAGGUGAAAGACUGCUACAUAUAAUUUAUUGUCACCUAUAUGAUUCAGUUUUGAUCAGGGCACAAAGCACUAACGCUAAAAAAAAGGCACAAACUGGCACAUAGAGCCCAAUGAAGUGAUUUUGGUGCUAAACAUUCAAAAUGUCAAAAUGUGACCUUAUUAACAUGUUCCUGAGCGAUUUUGAAGACAGUACUGGUUUGCCUUUGUGCUUCAAACUCUGAGCAUGUCUUAUCAAAUUGCAAAAAUGCUGAUGCUAAUUAUUGAAUACAUUGUAAAAUAGGAACUAUAGCGUUAUCAUACAAUUACAUCAUCAGAGAAUUCACAUAGGACUUUUUUGCAAGUGUACAUUAACAUUAACAUUAUGUUAAAAGUGAGUCGUCAACCACAUUGACGAACAUUUUCAGGUUUAGUCACCAUUUGAACAGAGCUAGAGAUCACGAGGUAUGUACAUUUGUUUAAAGGUUUUUAUUUUAUUUUGCUGACUAAUUUGUAAUGUUCUCUUGUUAUUGUUAGAAUUUAUGACUAAGCUAUUGUUAUAAGUUAUGAUUAUGAUGGAAAUACUGAAUUUGAUAGUUUCACAAUAUUCAAGUUGAGCAUAUGCAUUGUGUAUGUUACUUCAUUGUAUUGUACGCUUUUAAAACUAUGACUGUUUACAUAUUUCUAUGAACUGUUUUUUUAUGCACUGUAGGAUAAUACAUAUUCAAAAGUGUCUAUAACAUGGUUACAUGUGCAUGAUUUGAAAUGCCAAGAAGCGUAAACCAAAUAGAAGAAUUCUUACUUCUUGAAAUGAAAAGCAUUCCAUAUAUUUGCUUUUAAAUCUUUAUCGUCAAUGUAUAGUAUUAUUUUACAUAUCUUGCUUUCUCUUGUGAAUCAUUUCAUUAGAAAUUUAUGUUAAGCCUGCACACUCCACGGAAUAAAUAGAUUUUUAAAAUUCACUUCAUAUUCACUUCAUAUUUCACUUCAUAUUUUCUAAUACCGAUGUUUUACACCACAAAUAUCAGCUUAAUUGAAAACUACAAGUGUUGAGAAGAGUUAUCAUAUAGUACAUAAACAUCCACAUUUUGUUUUGGGCAGACAUGCAUAUCAUGGAGAUCCAGAGGUUAAAACAAUGUGCCAGUGUAAAGGUUAAUGUCCACUUGACACCACCUGUAAUGGAACUCUUGAGAGAAUCAUAGAAUACAACAGUGUUCUGUAAAGUCAGCAGUUCAUUGAUAAAGGCAACAAACUUCUUCUAUCCUGUACAAAAGGCAAUGACAUAUACAAGAGAGAAGCAGACAAUGGCAUAUACAAGUGAGAAAUCUAUGUAAGGAGAAUUGCUAGUGUAACACGCAUGGGCUUAGACAAUAAGACAUCCAUGCAAGAUCUGCGUAAAGGAAAAAACAUUAUGAUUGUACACCAAUACAUUGGAGGAGGGGAGGAGGGCGGCUACAUAUUACAGAAGAAAUGACUAUUCUGUACAAUAGCAGCAAUGGUUGAAGACUACACACUAGGAUUUAGAUAAGGGUCAUUCCACACCAAAUGGGCAACAUUUUGGAAUCUUCCCCCACAUCAUCUCAGAUUUUUUUGAUAACGCAUAUAGAAGUACCUGGAAGUGUUUUAGCAAGAAUCCCAUAAUAUUAGCAGUCAACUCUCAUUUUUAAAGUUAUAGGGUAUUGAGGGUGUACCUGUGACAGAUGAAAACAAACACUGAAAAGGAGAGGUAUUUGAGAAGACAGAUCUUUUUAAAGUAUUCAAGAUCUCUUCUUGAUACAGUACACACAGAACUGCUCUUUUAGUUUAGUAACAUGUCAACAUAUUACCUAGAUGUGAAUGUGAUGGAGCCAAAUGUAGAAAAAAGUGCAAUGACACAAAUAAAAAUGCUUUCUUGUAUUUGUGAGAACUCCUGAACACUGUAGUUAUCGCCUUCUCUGCUCUGCAAUUGCCAUAUGAACCAAUUUCCUAAAGAUGGAUAGAAAUAACAUUUUGCCAAACUGUAUACAAUAUUGCAGAUACUGUAAAUAGUUUAGCUGAUUUACACAGAAACACAAUUUGCUGUUUCGUCAAUUAUCUGCUGUCUAGAUGCAAGUAAACGUCAAUAACUGAUUACCUUGUGAAAUUGAAAUUGCACAUAUAGUCUUUGUUGUUGCUAGACAACCUGGAGAAACUACAGAGAAGGCAAUAACUGUAGUGGUCCUGAAGAGCAAGCAAGUACAAGAAAGGAUUUUUAUUGGUGUCAUUGCACUUUUUUCUACAUUUGCCUCCAUCGCAUUAACAUCCAUGGUCCCCAGUAUGUAAUAUAUUGGCAUAUGGGGAUUGUCUUGGACUAUUUUGUAGAUCUUUAAAUGGUUGAACCUUUUAUUCUACUGUUUAUAUAGUUGAAAUAUCAUUAAAAAAAGCUUAUUUGAACACAGUC